GUGUAACGCUAACCCUAACACACUGUAGUGUAACGCUAACCCUAACACACUGUAGUGUAACACUAACCCUAACCCUAACCCUAACUCUCACACACACUGGUGUGAAGUUGCUUUAUGAACCGCACAGUCUGAAGCUGGCAUGACUUUCCAGUGGAGCUCUUUGCUGGAGCUCAGCCCCGUGUACACAGGGGGUGCGUCAUCACUUUAUUAUGAUAUUGAUAAGAUAUUGGGAACUGCAUGGGGUCAAUAUCCUCGCAUCUCCUUGGAAACGGACCGAUGGCGUGACCGCAUCGCUGGGGGCGGAGCUGGACACAGCAUAUAUAAAUCAGACCCUGCGUGCAGACGCGUGGUGUGUCUGUCUGAGAGAGAGAGAGAGAGAGAGCGCUGCGCUGAGCUUGAACCCCAGAGACUGUCUCUCCGAAGCGGACUGUGCACCAUGUGUACUGGAAAGUGUGCCAAGUGUAUCGGGGUCACCCUGUACCCCUUAGCAGCGAUCAGUAUCCUCUGCAACAUCCUGCUCUUCUUCCCAGACUGGAGCACCAGAUACAUGAAGGAGGAGAGGGUCACUGCGGAGGUGCAGUACAUGGGCGGGCUGAUCGGUGGAGGUGUUAUGGUUCUGAUCCCAGCGAUUCACAUCCACGCUACCGGGAGAGCUGGCUGCUGCGCCAACCGCUGUGGGAUGUUCCUCUCCAUCGCCUUCGCUGCAGCGGGGGUCGCUGGUGCCCUCUACAGCUUCACCGUGGCGAUACUGGGCUUGGUGAACGGACCCACCUGCCUCUUCUCGUUCGCGGGGGAGUCCGUGUGGGGAACCCCCUUCAGCGUGCAGUAUUAUGGGUAAGGCCCCUCCCUCCCUUCCCAGUAAUUCCCUU